AUGGCUCCUGGCAAACAACCUCGAUAUGAUAGCUCGCCUUCACCGCGCACGAGAGGAACUUUCCGCGCGAAUAAUAACGAUAAUGGGACUGACAUAUGGGGCAACAGAGCGAGGGGAGGGUCCGGAGAUACCUGGAUAAAGAAAAUAAUGGAGGACGAUGAAAACAAUGGGGAAGAUGCGAGUGUAGAUAUCGAGGGUGUUACAAGAGAUAUUGGGAAGAUGAGAGAGGAGGAAGCUAAUGGGACGGGUAGGGGAUGGGAUACAGAGCUUGAGUUUACGGCUCGAAGUGUUGAUAUUAAUCGUAGUCCACGACUGAAAACGAAUGGUAUACCAAGCAGGAUAGAGGAAAUUAUGGAGCAGGAGAGGAGUUUUGUUGAAGAUGACGAGGAAGAGGAACAUGGAGAGGCAAAUUAUGUGAAGGUUCAAGAGAGGCCAGCGAGGAGAGGAAAGUCCGUUGAUAAUCCUGAAAGUCGUAAUUUUUCGCGGCCAGUACAGGAUGAGAAUUCAAAAAAGGAGACAAUUCAAGCAAAAUCAGAGGAACGGAGAGAGCGUGUGCGGAGAGAAUUGGAAAAACGGCGUGCGGAACGGAGACCAAUUACUUCGUACGAGAGUGAAGAUAAUAAGAUUCCCCAAGACAGGCAGGAAGGAGCACUGCGGAAUAGGUUGCCCCGGGAACAAAGAUCAAAAAGCGGCGACUUCUCGAAAAGCAAUUCAUUCCAUGUCGACAAUCAUGUACGCAGUAUCCGUAAUGACAAAGAAAAUGUUAUGCCGCAGGAAGAGAGACCAUUAUCCCGACUAGAAAGAAGGUUCCAAGGGGAAGAUGGCUUGAAAUCACUACAGAGGGCCCGUGAAAGCAGAUCAAGGACCGAUUACGACCAGAAGGUUCCAGAGAAUACCGAACCACAGACGAAUCAUGAAUCCAACGGUAGAGUUCUAGAAAAUGCUGAACCACGGCCAAGGGCUGAAUAUAGCCGCAGAGCACUAGGAAAUUUUGAGCCACGAUCUUUGGAACGUUUUAGAGCCAACGACAAAACUGAUAAGAUGCACGAAAAAACAAUACUUGAUGAAGGAGAUGGAUUACAUGGAACGCCUAUUACAGUAUUUCCAGAAAAUGAGGCACGUCCAAAUUCAACGACUUCUAAACAAGAAGAUUCCCUUCAGAUCUUAAGGAAUCUCUCUAAAGCCAUUACGGGUACAAGUGGAAGCGGGAGAAAUAGUUCCGAUAAAUUAGAUAAUGAUCUUGAAACUCCGGUAUCAUCAGAAAGAUCUCCCUACGAGCUUGAACAGGUCUCUGGGAGGCUUCCAGACUCUGCACCCACCCCACCUCCAUCAGCGCCUAUCAACCCCCUCCUAUUGCCCACCCCCAAAGUCACAGGUGGGUGGAUCGAAACCCCUGCACCACCGCGAAUGCGCACCAACGGUAGAACACCCAAAGAACAACCUCAGAUCAAAGAGGAACCUUCCUCGCCCCGCAGCCACAGUGAGCCUUCCAAGCCUUCCCAGUCACAGUCGCGAUCCCGUCCAACUCCAAUAAACAGUGCCCCUACCAUCUCCGCCGCUGCCGACCUCCAACGUAUAGAAAAAGAAGCUCGAGUCGACGAUUCCACUACAAUCGAUCGAGACUUCUCCCUAUUUUUGAAAAAUCAAGCUACGUCUCCAAAUUCUGAAACCGUAGAAAUCAAUCUCGAUUUCGAUGAAAAUGGUCAACCACUUUCUCACGAAGAGAAAGAAAAAAAGCUGGAGGAACUUGCGUUCCUUCGUAUGAAUCGGAGUUUAAAACACACUACGAGUAGUAUACGAGAUGCGAGACAUGGCAUUGAAAGACUGGAACAGCAAGUCUCUUCAUCAGGUCCACGUUCGCACUCACCCAAAGAACUCGGCCUCCCAUCCCCCAAAACAUCAUCUCGUCCCUUUUUCCUAGAUGCUCCUUUAAACCCUGCCUUGAACCCGAAUGUUCACUACCUCAUGAUACCCCUUCCCCGCCUCCGUCGCCCUGGAACUAGAAAUUUUACCUGGUUCGGAUUACUAUUUACCAUCUUCGUAACGUGGUUUGUAGCUGAAUGGGCUAUGUGUGAAACGUAUUGUCAUCCCAAAUACUCGAAUAAAGAUGUUUGGCACCCUUCCGAUCCGUUUUGGCCUUGGGCUAUUCCUACCAAAAUGGAUCAGUGGACGGGGAAGGUUGUCAGUAGGGGCAUAGGAGAUGCGUGGGAUUGGUGGGAGGGGUAUGAUGAGGAGAUCAGGAUUUGGAAGGAGAAGAUGAAGAGGGAAGGAGUGACGACACCUAAAGUUGUGGGGCUGGGAGAUGAUGAGGUGGUAGACGAAGUUGUGGAAAAUCACGGUAAAGAUGAUGGAAGGAAAGGAGGAAGCAGCUGGUGGAGCUGGGAUAAUGAUGAGAUUUUGUAG